CGCUGGAGGACCACUGGAUAAAAUGGCCCAUGUAUUCGUGUGUAACAAUCAUGCUACCAUGCAAUGUAAACUGGGAAUAAGGGAAUCCCACCAGUACCUGACUCUCAGCCUGUAAAACAAAGUACUUCUAAAGCAACUCUCUGUAUACAUUGUACCCUGUUCAAUGCUGGAAAUUCCCUCUUUAAGCAGCCACCCCCCUCCUGUCAUGCACAAGUCCGUGAACUAAAUGAAAGUGAAAGCAAGACAGAGCCUGCACAAAAGUAGUGUUUCAGGAAGAAAGGGAGCUAGACACCGAGAGAGCACGAAAAGAAGAGACAACUUUUUAAACAGUCACCAUGUCUAAAGAUUGUAUCCUAAAGGUUACCAAAGACAACCAGCGGAAGGUAAAUGGAUUUCAAGAAAACCUCUUCAAUCAGGUGCAACAUUUUCUGUCUGAGUUCAUCCCAGGCAAGAUCCAAUAUCUGGAUGGACUGCUACAGAGCAAUACUUUUACUGUGAAGGAUCUAACAACUCUACAUUCCGAGCUGGACAUUCCAAUCCCAGACCCUCCUGCUCCAGAGUCUGAGGAUUCAUCCAAGAUGGAAACAGACAAAGAAGAGAAGAAAGCUCCUCGCUGUGGUUUCCUGAAAGAGAAUGAGAAGCUGCAUAAAAUCCUGAAUACCGUUCUACCUGAAAUUCGAUCUCUGAGAGAGGGCUGUGCACUGAUCAUCACAUGGAUCCAUCACCUUAUUCCAACAAUUGAAGAUGGAAAUGAUUUUGGCGUGUCUGUGCAGGAGAAAGUUAUAGAACGUGUAACUGCUGUGAAAACUAAAGUGGAAGCAUUACAGACCGCUAUUGCAAAAUACUUCACAGAAAGAGGAGAUGCUGUUGCCAAAGCCUCUAAAGAAACACACGUGAUGGAUUAUAGAGCUCUGGUACAUGAAAAAGACGAGUCUGCAUUUGUAGAUCUGAGGCUAUCCCUUCUUGAAGUGAGAAAUUAUUAUGUUGAAAUCUUUGACAUUAUUCUCAAAAACUUUGAGAAAAUUACAAACCCAAAAGGAGAGGAGAAAAGUCCAAUGUACUGAUAAACCAUCUGCAUGCCCAAAUUUCUCUGUUUUGAACCUCCUAGAGAACUGUGACAUUGAACCACUGCUUUCUCAUAUGACUGCACUAAUAAAGUGAAUGAAUAAAUGCAAAGGAUUAAUAAAUCACUUUUCAUUGUUAUACAUUUGA